GACGCGUCUCCUUGACAACCGACGCUCCUUUCCGAGCGCGACGGGUAACGUCAUAGUUCAGUGAGUGAAGAUGGCGGAGGCCGCUGCUGCUGCUGCUCCACGACAGCGGUUCUUCUGUCACUGCUGCAGAAGUGAAAUCGACCCCAAGCUGCCUGAAUAUGUUUGUCCCAGAUGUGACUCUGGUUUCAUUGAAGAGGUGUCAGAGAACUCAAGUUUUCUUCAGAGUCGUGAUGGUGCUGGUGCUGCCGCUGUAGGCGGUGAUGACAUGGCCUCACAGUUUGCAGAGCUGUGGCAGCUGCUUUUCAUGGAACAUUCAGCCCUUCUCUCCGACCCCACUGUCACAGACGCGCUCCGCAGCCGCUCAGGGGUCGAAGCAGCAGUUGGUGAUCCUGCCCCUGGGACAGCGGGACCCGUAGCGUCUGUGGAGACUUUGUCAGACUGCACAGAGCCUGUGCUCCCCCCUCAACAAAACAGCCAGCAGAGAAACUCUAGACUGGAUCAGGGACAGGCUGUGGAGGGGAUUGUCCAGCAGUUCCUGUCUGGUCUGUUUUCCAAUUCUGACAGUGCAGGUUCCCAAACCUCCUCAUGGUCUGGCAUGCUGCACUCUAACCCUGGAGAUUAUGCUUGGGGACAGGGAGGUUUAGAUGUGGUCAUCACACAGUUGCUUGGUCAGUCUGAAAAUACCGGCCCCCCUCCUGCCGGGAAGGAGAUGAUCUCAUCUCUCCCCAUCGUUAGCAUCUCAUCAGAACAGGCUGCAUGCCGGCUGGAAUGCCCUGUGUGUAGAGAGGAGUACUCUGAAGGGGAAUCUGCCCGACAGCUGCCCUGUCUGCACUACUUUCACAGCAACUGUAUCGUGCCCUGGCUACAACUGCACGACACCUGCCCUAUCUGCCGGAAAAGUCUGGAUGGUGAAGAUUGGGGUUUCCAGCCACAGACAGCACCUUCAGGGGCAAUUCCAUCACCGAUGAAUGUAGAGGAACGUAGCACCUCUGAGACUCUUUAGCCUCCUUUUAAUACCUCACAAUGAAGUGAGCGCACAGUUCACUUUCCCUUACCUGUCAACAGAUGACAUCUGCUCUGCACAUGCCUUCAUAGAAACGUAAAGAUUUAGAUACCUGCUCAAGUUUUGCACUGUUAAACGUUUCAUCUGUUGUUCUGUUCAUGUUUUGGGUUGAUAGUUUGACAUUGCUUUGUGUUGCUAUUUUGAAGAUUUGUGGGUUUUUGUGGAUGGAUAGAAAAAGAAUCGUAUUUAUUGUAUUCACAAGUUUUAAAGAUGUUUUAGCACUAUCCUUGAUGAUCCUCUUGGUGCUUUUGUCUUAAUUCUCAGGGUUCCUCGACUGCUCCAUAUUUUGAUAUUGAGACACAGUCCCACUUAUAAGAGUUCACUUCACAAUAUGGCCUUUGAACAUUUUGAGUGUCAUUUGGAAGUUUAUACCACACUAUCACAAAGGUAAAGGUAAAAUGUUUACAAGAGAAAGAGAGAAAACAACGUUACAAUAAAUAACUAGAAAAACUUAACUUUACAUAUAAGCCAACCUGCUACAUAUUGCACUCUCAAAUAAAUAACAGGCUAUUUUUGUUUUUUGGCAUCAGAGUGUAUGAACUAUAUGGGAUUUUUCAACUUUUGAUGCUGAUAUCUAGAAUGCAGGGUGGUUGAUGGCAAUAUAAUGCUGAUAUAUUUGAACUAAUUCAA